UAUAUUGCCGAGGUAGAAACGCUACAGACUUACCAAAUGCAGACAGGCAGUGAAAGGAAUGAAGUCAAGGACAUGUCAAAUAGACUUGAAGCACGUGAACUUUCUACUGCUCUAAGUAAGAACUCAUCUGAUGCAAUGUAUCCAAUUGUUAGCAAGGAAUCUUUGCUGCAAGAAAUGUUCUUCAAUGCAAAGACAACAUCAGGGCGCCUACAUUUGGCUAAGGAGUUAUUGAAGCUUCCUACAGAUGUUCUUAAAUCAUUUGCUGGGUCUAAAGAAGGACUAAGUACGCUAUACUCUUGGAUACUUGAUUCACUUGGGAAAAAUGCUACUCAACUACUGCGGCACUGUGUGCGUUUGCUUGUGCUUGUUUCCACUGAUCUGGUAGCUGUACGUUUAUCAGGUUUGUGCAGUUCUAUGCCUCCAUGUCCCUUUAAAUGACGCUAGGGAAUGUCUCUCAACAUAAAAAAAUUUUCAUGUUUCUCCCUUCCAGCCUUAUCUUUGGAAGCGUACAAAACCAUAGGUUAUCAAAUUCUUAUAGGAAGCUAAUUUACCUUACCAAUGUAGCAAACCCCUCCCUGUUGUAUCUUUUAUGUAUUUGUUUAUUCUAUAGGUCGAUCGAAGUAGAACAAAUAAACAAAUAUCUGACAUUACUGAGAGAAGAGUAUCUAAGUGCACUACUACAUUGAUCUAUGUUUGUUAUAACUAAGGUUUCAGUUUUUCAACAUUUUCAAAUCAUGAACAGUACCAGUUAUCGAUACACAAGCA